AUGGAACUCGUAGAAAAGACGACAACGCUGUCAUCGCCUUUGAUUAAGCGUGAAAUCUCGCCCGAUGUCGUUGAUCUUCAGUCACACACUAAUACCUCUCCAAGCAGAACUGGAAUGACUCCAAGCUGUCUCAAGAGUUAUCUCACGUGGGUUCCAUUCCCGUUGAUUCCGUCUGUUGUGCCAGAAAAUAAAGUCUCGCUUUUCAACGAUCGCCAACUCGAUCCUCUUGAAUGGGUUGACCUGUUAGAGCAGACUGAGUGCUUGGACUAUAUCAGCCCUGAUAUCGAUAAAUGCAUCGAGCGACAAUCUCGCAUGGAGGGCAACCAAGAACUUGAGCUGACAGGUCGUGAAUUUGUUGACAGUCCCGUGAUACCUAGGCUACCAUAUUUGAGCGGCCUAUCUUCGGCUGAGCAACCGACAUUGCUGAUGCCGAGAACGCGGCUCCAGGGUGGCCACGCGUCGCGAUGUUCAAGUUUACGAGAGCUUCCAUCGUGCAGGAAGACACUGACAGAAAACAACGACGCCAACUUAAAGAAUACUUAUCCUGUCAUUGCCGAGCAGCUUAUUCAGAUGAAGAGACCUUCAAGAGGGGCAAAGCGAAGUACUGCUCAUUCGUCGUUACGAUCGGCCAACAGGUUGCUCGACUUUGAGACUUCUCAACAUUCUAAUAGUCGACACAAGCGGGCAUCAUGGGGUGGGCGCCCAGCGCGUGUAGCAAAUGCACGAGCUGCAUCACGUCGAGAAUGCAAAUCUGCGAGGAAGUCAAAGGACUGUAUGAUCCCUGGAUGUACGAAAGCGACCAAGGAGGUGGCUUCUGCAUCGCGCAUGGCGGAGGAAAACGGUGCGCCGCUGGAGGAUGCAAGAACUCAGCUCAAUCUCGCGGACUGUGCAAAAGCCAUGGAGGUGGAAAGAGAUGUCGGGCUAAAGGAUGUACUAAAAGCAGUCAAGCAGGAGGAUUUUGUCGUGGUCAUAAACCUAAGAUUACUUUUCUGUGAUCGCCACUUUCAUCAAAGAUUGGCAAAGCACUAA